GAAUGGGAAAAUGGCUGAAGAAGCUGCGAUGGCAAUGCCUGUGUUGGAUAGUGCUCGUGGUGCAUUGAAAAAGGCAAAACAAGUGAAAGCAAAACGGGGAAAAGCCGCUUCGAAAUGGCUUUCAGGGUCAUGGCCACUUCAACAGUUUGAUGGGGAAUUGCCUCUGAAUAAACGUAAAGCCGAGUGGAUACGGUUCCGGAACCAGUUUGAGCGAAUCGUCGCCUGUAAGGAACCAGUUGAGCCCGUUGUGCAGCUGACGGGAUUGAAAAUAUUUGCCGGCAGUUACCUACUGAGCGUAAUCGAAGCUCAGGAAAAUUUGCUGGUUGGUGCGGAUAAUAUUUACAGCGCUACGAUCACAGCGCUGAACAGGUAUUUUGAUCAAACUUGCGACUAUACUAAGGAGAGGAUGAAGUUCCGAGAAAUGCGAAUGGUUGCUUCUGAGCCUUUCGUUGACUGGGUGUUGCGAUUGGAAAAUCAGGCAAAGUUUUGUGAGUUCGAUCCUGAGCAACGUUAUGAAGAAUUCUCCCAGGCGCUGAUCAGGCGCUCUGUGCCGGAAAUCGCAACCAAGCUUUAUGAAAUGAGCGAUGUGUUUCACAACGAUCUUGAGCGGAUUAUGGCCCACGGUAGACACCUUGAUUAUAUCCGACUGGAAACAGAGGAGGUUAAACUAAAUGCAAAGGUAGAAACUAGCACCAAUGCAGAGGGUGUGAAUGAAGCGAAUUUGAUGAAGCCUGUUAACGCAGUAUUCAAUCAGAUGUCAGGAUCAAGUUCAAUGCGCUAUGGUUCUCGUCGUGAAUCACACUCGAAGGGGAAUGGUGCAGUUCGGUUCCGUAACGUGGGUAUGCGUAAUGGAUCAGGACACUAUAGCGCUAACAACCGCAAUUGCUCGAAAUGCGGAAGAAUCCACGGCUUCAAGGAGUGCAGGGCUCAUCGCGUCAAAUGCUACGCAUGUGGAAAAGAGGGUCAUUUCGCUGAGUUUUGUUUCUCAAGAACCAAAGACGAUCUACAGAAUAAACGAGGACGCGUUGAAGGUGGCGAAAUGUAUAAAUCUGAGGUUGGAAGGAUCAAUCAGGUAAGAUAGAUUGAUCGGUGAUUAUUUGGGGGUGCACAGAAUGGUCUCUAUGAUAAACAUGCCAAAACAAUAAAGAAAAAUUUCAAAUGAAACAUUUUUUUUUAUGAAUUAUUUACAGUUGAUAACUGGCAGCGUAAAUGACCCACGAAAACAUGAUGAUGCUAGAAUAGUAAUAUGUAAAAUUGGAACGGAAGACUUUGAGUUUCUUGUCGAUACAGGUGCUACUGUUAACACCAU